ACCCAAGUCUUAAACAAAACCCCCAACCAGAUAUCGUUUCAGAGAGCGCUGAACAGAAGAUUGAGACGUGUAUGGAGGUUUCCGGUCUCCCGCCUAGUCCCGGCUGCACCUGCGGCCUCCGCCCUCUGUGGCUCCCACCUCCACUCUCUGUGGCUUCGUCCUCUGCCCUCCGUCCUCUGCGGCUCCGCUUUCCAUCAUCUACCCUUCGCCUUUGCUUGCUCGGCUACUCAGAUGCUAGAUGAAUCACGACUUAACUGUGUGUUGGUUUCCGAAUUGCAGACCAUUGAGAUUCUCUCAGCUGCUCCAUCUCCCGAAAUAGCAUUGAGGUUGUACUUCAAGUGUGCGGAGAAUAGGUGCCAAAGGUCACUGAUAUUGGUCUCAAACCAAAGGCCGGUGAAGAAGGUUGCUAUAGAUGGUGGAGGUCUAAUGAGAUCUGAAAAAUAUAUACAUGCAACACUUCAAGGGUUUUGAGCAAUUUUGCUAUUGUGGCUAAUUUUGAGGACUUUGAUCUGGCAAAAAAUGAAGUAUUUGGAAGCACUUUUUUGUCCUACUUGAACUUUGAAUGUUGCGACAUGUCAAUAGGAUGCUGAUAUAAAGCUCAAUCGAAAGUUACACCAUUGGUUUUUGCGAAACUGCUCAUUUGAUAUGCCUAUUGCAUUUUCUUAAGUGUCUAUUUGUUGAUAUACACUUGUAAUAGUCAUUGAAUUGCUUAUUCCACAAACAUGCACCGUGUAAUUUAUGGUCUUUCUGCAUCGUGAGCAUAUGUUUACUUGCAAUGACAUUGAAAUAAUAGAUUC